AUGACGUUGUCUUCACCAUCUUUACUGGUCCAACGAUCAACUCGGAGCAAGAGGAGCGANUUAAUCCACCUCUUGACCAACAACGGCGGCACCUACAUCCCGCGAAAAGAAGAUGGCUCGAUCGAUCAACUCAUCCGCCACACCCACAUUGUCGCCGGCGACAUCGAGUUCCCCGAAUACUCUAGAGCGCUAGAAUACAACAUCCACGUCGUGCGACCGUCGUGGGUAGAGUCAAGUCACGAGAAGGGAAGACAGACACAACCGCGCCAGCACAGUCCAGACCCGUCUAUGUUCUUUAGGGAAGUCAUAGUCUCGUGUGCCGACUUGCCCGAGGGAGACAAGGAUGCUAUCAUUGCUGGCACUUUGGCCCUGGGAGGCUUGUACAGCGCUCCCUUGACCAAGCUGGUUACGCAUGUUGUGGCUAUGGAUACGCAUAACGACAAAUGUCGUACUGUUGUGGCCAAGAAUCUGGCUUGCAAGAUGACCACUCCAGGNUUCGACGACUGUCUGAAACUCGGCAAGCUGAUUAAUGAAGGCCCCUACCUCCUACCUGACCCCGAGAUCCUUCGUCCGAACUUCGAUGAACCCGUCCGAGCAAGAUCGACGCCUGGCCUCGAUGGUGCUCUUUCAGCCGUGGCAGGAGCCCCUCCAGCAUACAAUCCGCCAAUCUCCCCAUCUGACUCUCGCAAGCAACUUGUCGUCUUCAAGGAAAAGAAGGUGCUAUUCUCGAAAGACUUGAACAUCAACGAUCAUCUGGCCAAAACACUGCGACAGCUUGUGAGCCAGGCUGGCGGCUCCCUCACAACAAACGUCGAAGAGUGUGAUGUAUACAUCGGUCAUUACCGUGACGGCAUGGACUACGUAGCAGCCUCGCGCAACAACAAGACUGUCGGAAACCUCGCCUGGUUCUACAACGUCAUCAACCGCAACAAAUGGACAAAUCCCUUCGGCAAGCUUCUCCACUAUCCAGUACCCAGAGGCGGCAUUCCCGGCUUCCAGGACAUGAGGAUCAGUCUGUCAAACUACAGCGGAGAAGCUCGCAUCUACCUUGAGAAUCUCUGCAAAGAAGCAGGAGCAGAGUUUACAAAGACCAUGAAGCAAGACAAUACCCACCUCAUCACUGCCCACACGCACUCUGAAAAAUGCGACGCUGCUCAAGAAUGGAAUAUCGCUAUUGUCAAUCAUCUCUGGUUGGAAGAAAGUUAUGCCAAAUGUGCAGUACAAACUUUGACCCAGAAACGCUACACUCACUUCCCACCACGAACAAACCUCAGCGAAAUAGUGGGGCAGACUCCCAUCGACAUUAGCAAAGUUCGCAAACUGUACUUUGCGAGUAACGAAAAGACCAUCAAGGACGCAGAGCCAGGCCAAAAGACACCACAUCCUUUCCGCGGUGCUGUCAGAGCGCCAGACACAUCUCCCAGAAGAGACAUUGCAGCGUCGUGUGCAGCGGGAGCUAGAUCCUCGUUUGCUGCCAACGAUACAGCAACAGAUCCUAUGGACAUCGACGACAACGAAACCAGUGAAUUCCUUCCUCACGCGCCACAAACAGCAAAGAAGAGGAAAACUCGUGUGGGCUCUGAUGCAGCGAUUUCCACACCUGCAAUGCUGAACAAGCGCCAGGAUAGAGAGAAUAGUCCUCCCACUACCGGACGCGCCUCCAAGGAAAAAGCACUCAGCAAUUUGCAUGCACUGAAAGAUGACGUUUUGCUCUAUGACCCCACAAAGACUACGAGGAACAAGCGCAAAAGCGAUGAUAUGGGUGAUAGUCAUGCUGAAAUCAGCGAGGCUGAGAUUGCAGGAGAUGAGCGCUGGUUAGGCAACAUGAAGAAGGAAGCCGCAGAAGCUUUGACUGCCGAGCCGGCAGAGUGUACCCUCCUGUGCGCCCCACGCAUUCUUCGCACCAAGAAAUUCAUCGCUGCCCUUGCCAACAGUCCUGAGGUGGUCACGAUCUCAUACCUCGACGCCGCACUUUCCACCAACACACUUCCAGACCUCGAGGAGCACACUCUUGUCGACCAAGAAGCCGAGGAAAGACUUGGUUUCCGCAUGGAAGAAGCGCUCAUACGUGGAGAAACCAAUGCAAACCGUCUAUUGCACGGCUGGACCAUUUUCGUAACCGAAAAAGUCAGCGGCAAGUUCGAGACGUACAAAGAGAUUAUCGCCAUCAACGGAGGAACAGCAGUACCAUACAAGGGUCGCACGAAUGUCAUUUCCGGACCACGAAUUCCACCUCCUGAAGACCCUGAUGCAGGACCGGAAGUAGAAAACCAGGGCGAAGUGGAGGAGUUGAAGAGAGUGUAUCUGAUCUCCAGCACUAGCGAUGAAGAGGUCAAGCUGUGGGACAAGUUUAGGUCUGAAGCGCAGAAAAAGGGACUCGAAGGUAAGAUUGUCAAGACUGAUUGGUUGAUCAAUCUUGCCAUGAGUCAAAGAGUUGAGUGGGAUGAAAAGUGGGAGUUGAAGGAAGAUCAGGUGCCUGGAUGGUCGAAGUAG